AUGGAUGAUUUGAGUCUCGAAGGUGCAUUGGUGUCUCUGUUGCUUACACCGUUUAGAAAUACUCAAAGACCCCCUGCAGUUUUUUUAGAAGCUUGCAUUGCUGGCUAUGCACAGAAAAAGGGGAAGUCCCCCCAAGAAGUUAUGAAGAGGUUCCGUUUACACAAUCCCACUGAAGUGGGCCAAACAGCUUGGCAAACAUGGCUUAAGCUUCACUCUGGAAUUGACAGUCAAGAAGCAGCAUGCCUGCAUAAAUUACGGCAACAGGAUAUCGAUAGGAAGUACCCUGACCAGGCAGAAGAAGCAAAAGCAUUCUAUGAUAAAAUCCUGAUACAUUGCAGGGACCUUGUUCUAUUGAAGGAUGAGAGGGAGGCUCAACCAAAUGAAGGCCUUUAUCUGUUGCAGAAAAUAAUGGGAAAAUAUGCUGCUCAGCUCACUGCACUCAGCUCCAUUCAUCCUGUUGGGGUGGUGUUAGUGGGGUUCAUAGCAGAUGACAAGCUUGCCCCUCAUGUCAGGGCACACCCGCCCAACCCGCCUCCACCUGGGCCCACCUCACCCGGUACCUCUUCUCUCACCCUGCACCCUUCCUUCCCCCCUCUAUCCCUCUUCCACUUCUAUUUCUAUUUCUCACGGACUGUUAGAACCAGGCGGAUUCGGACAACUCCGGAGUGGAAUCGGAGACUUAGCAUGGAAGGACCUUGGCCUCAGUGA